AUGAUAUCAUUACUAGGUAUAAUAUUCUUUGCAUUGACGCCAAUAUAUUCAUUGCAAUAUGGAAUUUUGUUACCAAAUGAAAAACUUUCUGAAUUAACAACAAUCAAGAAUAAUGAUCAGGAAGAAAAAGAAAAUGAUAAACUUCAAUUACAAUCAUUUUUCACGAAAUCGGAAUUAAUGGAAAUUAAUAAGAUUCUUCAACAUAUUAAUGACACUGGCAAGAAUGAAACAGAAGCAUUUGAUGAGAAUGAAUUUUCUGAAUUCAACUAUUACAAUUCUGAUUCAUCAAAUACGAAGAAAAUAUUUAACAUCAUGAUGAAAUCUCAAUUUAAUCAAUUUCACAAUGAUUACUAUAACUAUUGUUUAGAAGAACAACUCGAUAUGUCUUCAUUUGGUCUUCCUCUCAAUCAUCCAUUAGUCGUACUCGUUUUUAUUGUUCCAUUUUAUUCUGGCAUUUAUAGUAUAGUUCGUGAUGAAUUACUUAAUCCACUAUUAAAUAUCGAUAUCAAUAAUGAAACGAAAAUAAAUGAACUUCAAUCAUCUAUAUCGAAAUUAAAUACAACACUUUUUCUAACCGUUAUGGUGUUCAAUCCCAAUGAAGUUGCUAAUACGUCGAGACCAGUAUUCCAUCGUCGUGAUCUAAAAUUAACUAUUCAUUCACAUGAACUAUGCAUAACCGAUUUGCAGUUAUAUCUAUCUAUACUUCAACAACGAUUGAAUAAUACUAAAACAUCUAGUGAUUAUAUGAAAACCUUAUAUUUACAGAAUUUAAAUUUGUAUAAUGAAGUCAAACAAAAAUAUUUAAACUGCUGGUUUUUUUGUGAAAGACUAAAAAAUGAAAUGAACUCUCGAUAUGAGCAUUUUAAAUCAUCUAUAGUUGAUGCUAUUUAUAAUGCCUAUGAACUUGAUGAAGUAAUUAAAGAAAUUGCAAAAGUUGAACAAACUCUUGAUCGUCAUUGUAAAGAACUUGAUUCAAUGAAAACAAGAUUUUUAUCUGAUCAACAACAACAAAUCGCUUUCAAUAACAUUAUCAAAAAAUUCGAUGAAAUGUACAACAAUUUGCAAAAUGUUACUACACAUUCGAAUAACUCAAAUUACAUCAUUUAUCUAUUAUUUCGAAUUCAAUCAAUUAUAAUUCAGUUACAUGAGAUCUAUGAUAUUGCUCAAGAAAAUUAUUUUCGAAUACCACCUCCUAAACCAUUCAUCACAAAUGAUGAAAUAGAAAAAAUCAAGUCGAAAAUCGUACAACUACAAUUUGUUUUAUAA